AUGGUUCCCAAUCCGGACUAUGUGUACUGCACUAUCUGCGGUAUGGAUUUGGACGAAGAUACCGUUGUCUUGGCUGGUCCCCACUGGCCGACGUAUGAUUCCGCACCUUUGGAAGCGCAGUUGUCCAGCCAGAAGAUUGUUCGCUAUACUGCAGAGGUAGAAUACUAUCCUGGUAAACUGCUUCUGCUACCAGAUAGAGAACAAGUGUAUCCUCAGCAUCCAUAUAAUUCUACUUGCCAAUCCGAUGAACAGUCGAAUACCACUUCAGCAAAAAUGUAUAUGGGGAUUCACGCAGCUUGCGAUGACAUCGCCAAUCGAGCUAUCAAGUCGCCGUUUGUCACAGUUGGUUCAAUAUAUGAACUCUGGUGUGUUCUGGAAUGCCGCUGUGCUCGCUAUCUUGGCCAACUACUGGAACAGCGACCGCAGCCAAGGGAUAUGAAUUAUGUCCCUCCUAUCCCAUACAACUCACCUGGCCAGCCGAAAAUCCUAGGCUUUGAGCGUUAUUAUGUUCCUUAUCUCUGUAUGGAACAGUGGGGUGAUGAAUGGGAAGGAUGGUGGGAUGAGAACCCUAUGGAUAUCCCAGAUCUGACCUCUAGUCUCCUCGCAAAUCUAGAACGACUGGACGAUAAUUCAGUUGAGACCUCUGCAGAGGUAUUACCAGAGGGCCUUCAUGACUAUAUCCAAGACUUUUUCCACGACACCAAAGCCUUUCCUAAAGACAAUUAUCUGCUUUCUCAACCUGUAUGGAAAGAAAUCUUUUUGCAAAUCCCGUUUCUCUGGGAUCUUGAUACUCAGAUUGUGCAUGACAAGACGGGCUCAGACCUGGAAGAAGUGAAGAAGUGGAACUGGGAAAAGCUCACCAGACAGAUUUUAAGUUCUCCACAUCCUGCACCUGCAAAUGCAACCAGUUACCGGGAUGAGGGUAUAUGGGAUUAUGCCGAGGUUGGGUUGGAUGCUCCUGGUCGUUUUACCAACCGCCGACGAAUUUGGCAAAUCUUGGAAGAUAUGCGAGGCGAGAGCAUUGUUAAAGAUUAG